CCAUCCAACGGCCAAAUCCCAAAUCUCACAAUUUCCAAAAUUAGGGUUUUACAUUCUUGUUCAUUGCCAUGGACGCAGCAGAGCAACACAAUCCCAAUCCAGGUAUCUUCGAUCAAAUCCUCCCUCCCCGUCUAGAAGACGCCGGCCUCGAGGAUUGCGCCCUUCCUCCCGAUUCCAUUCGCGAAGCCUUCUUCAAGGCCGCCUCCGCGGUCAAAUCCACCGCCACCGCCCUUCUUUCUCCCUCCGACGACGAUGAUCCAUGGUCCCCUACUUCCACACUACCUACCGAUGUCGUCACCGGCAUCUUGCCGGACCGGGACGAUCCGGCGGUUUGCGCGACGGAGAAGGGAUUGAAAUUGCCUGAAAUUGGUGGAGACGAGGUCGUUAUUGGGGGAAUGGAGGAGAGGAGAGGGAAGGCUUGUGUGGUAGAUGGAUUGGAAGGAUUGGAGAUCGGCGAUGAAGCCAAGGAGAAGAAGAGCGGCAAAGAGGAGAAACCUAUUUUAGGCGAAGGUUUUGCUUGAAUUUCUGUAGUUGGAUUUAGGUCGCUAAAUUUAAUGGGGUUCUUGUUCUUGGUUGUUGAUUGUGAAUAAUUUGGGAGUUAGAGAAUUCCUGGUUGAAUUUUUCUGUGUUCACCUUCUUUGUGAGUAUACAUGAGAGAGACUAGAGAUGAGUUCUUGAUUUUGUUUUUCCGAUCAAUUUGGUGUAUUUUAGAGUUUCUAUCAUAUAUAUAUACACACGAAAUAUCACUCAUC